AUGUCUUCACGUCAUCGUCCUGGCGCAUCAUCAAGCUCUUCUGAUCCCCCGGACUUGGAUGCAAUGAAACAUGAAGAUUCGAAAACGGAUGACACAGAGCUGUACCAAAAUGCGGGCAGGAAGGCUUCGAGCCUUCUGGAUACAUUCGGUGUACCCUCUGCAGCCUUCAAGACUGGUCUUCAAUUUGACCGAGGUGGUAAGCGUGAUCUGAAACAAUCUAACGACGUCACUGAUCGGCAUUUGUUAUUGUAUAAUGGCAUCAUCAACUACAUUCCUGGUCUCGAGAGUGAGCUCGACGACAUAUCGAGCAAAAAACUCAACAUGAUCAUUGCAAUGGUAUCGAAGGGUAUGAGCGAUGGCAGAUCUGCGGAUCUGAGCUCCAUCAAGCACAAUUGCCUGCAAUACAUUGGCCUGAAUAUGUAUAGUAAGGCCAAUGCUCUUGACCCACCAAUUCCAGAAGUCGAGGAUAAGUCAAUGCGUGGGCUCAAUCACCCGCAGUUGGCCCAUUUGCUUUGCCCUCGGAAGAAAUUGGAUUGGUUUGACGAGGACCCUGAUUCUGCUAUGGCUGCUUUGCAAGCUGGCGAAAUAACGAUGACAGCAUACAAUUGGCCUAUCAAAACCGUCAAAAAAUCGUGUGUGGGGCUAACAGCUGUUAACAAAUACAUCAUCGCAUACAUUCAUGUCAUCACAUAUUUUACCAUCAGCAGUGCUCAGCACCGGAUUCGGUAUAUUGGCGACAUGGACUUGGACAAGCUCCUCUGGGCUAUUGUUGAAAUGCUAGAUGACGACGAGGAUCCAUGGGUCAAAGAUACUCUCACAUGGUGGAACAGGCACCUCAAACCAACCAAAGAAAACUCAAACUUGGCCAAGCUCAUGCAAAAGGAAAGUGAGAACAACAUUGCUCAGAUUUGUGCUCAGCGAGCUGCACACCAUUCUGCAUUAGUGCCAUCGCAUCCGGUCAACCCUAGCAAUACUCAAGAUCCCUCAAUGAGUGGCAAGCACACCCGCCCUGCAGAGCACCAUGACAAAGAGGAUAUCCCACCUUGCAGCACCAUGGCCAAAGUCAACCCACCCCUGACUGGAUGGGCAACAGUUCCCACCUACCAAGUCCCUGCCCCAUGUCACCCUGAGUUUGAUGCUCAGGACCAUACCCCACCACCUCACAAACUCAAAUCCAAGUGUCUGGUCUCUGACGCUAUCGAUUAUGAGCAGGAAGCACUACCCCCAAAAUUCAAAGCUCAGUACUCUACUGAGGCGACCGGCUAUGAUGUGGCUCCAGCUUCAAUGCAAGCAGGCCGACCUACACUGGAUUGUGAUGGAGAGGAACAGCAAUCUCGACCGUGCAAGCAACAGCAUCCUGCGACCUCUGUUCACCAUGAUGACGAGGAUCAGCCUCCAUGCCCGAAGCCAAAACCCAAGCCAAAACCUCGUCACACUGCUCACGAGCACGAGGAUUCAAUAAGCAAGCUCGUGACUGAGCAGUUGGGUAUGACUGGGUCCUGGCCAGCACCAGCGCCGAGUCCACACCCCUCAUCCCAACUGUCUGAUCUGACUGACUAUGACUUCCCCCCAGAAGCUGCAAACCUUUUUGAUGCCCCCCUUGCUCCCUCGAAGCAAAAAGGAAAGAAGAAAGCCAUCACGGCUCUAGAUGCCCCUCGAAGAACCUCUGGUUGA